AUGACUAGUAGUGAGGAAUAAGUUUAAGAUGUAUUAGAUGAUAGAGUUAUUUAUGGUAGAUCUGAGAACUUUGAAAGAAAAAGAAUCAGGUAACAAAUUAGACAUUCCAAGAGUAUUUCAGCUACAGAAAAGAUUUUGAUGAUGCUCGUUCUUGUCGGAUUAGCUUUCUUAAUUUUCUCAUCAGCAACUAUGUAUUUUUAGAAUUGCUGGGUUGUGUCUUCAAUUCCAUUUUAUUUUGGACUAUUACAAUUCGUUCUUACUUUCGGAAUCUUUAUCUAUAAUAUUAAAAUUUCUAAAAUGCAGCUUUGGUCCUACAAAUUGAUAGGAGUGAUGAAUAUCUUAACUGCAAUUAUUAGUCUUAUUAUGUACUACGUUUAAUUUUAAUCUAAUAUUUUAUGUUCAAAUGCUAUAUGUCAUAGCAAUUUUACAGGAGCAUAUAUUAUUGAAAACAUUCCCUCUGAUAGUAAAAAGUGCUCUAAUUUUGAUGGACUCAACUCCUUGCAAAAGAGCAAUUCUAUUUUUGUGCUCGCUCAGUCAUCAUUAUAAAAAAUAUGCUCUUCAGCCGAACAAUAAAAUAAUAGUAAAUUAAACUAAUAUGAAUAAUUAGAAAAUUAGAAUUGUAAUCCCUAAUUAAAGGAGCUAUAUGUAUUUAACCAAACUGGGUAUUUUAUUGGUUUGAUGAUAGUUACUUCCUUGUUCCUUUUACAUGGAGCAGUGCUUCUAUACAAAGCUUUCAGGAUAGAUAAGCUAAAAAAUAAUAAAGGAAACUACGAAUAAUUUUCUUGCUAAAUAUUUGAAGGUGAAGUGUUAUCUAGCUGA